AUGGACAAUAUGUCUAUUACCAACACGCCGACAAGCAACGACGCCUGCCUGAGCAUCGUCCACAGCUUGAUGUGCCAUCGACAGGGCGGGGAGAGCGAGACCUUCGCCAAGCGCGCCAUCGAGAGCCUGGUCAAGAAGCUGAAGGAGAAGAAGGACGAGUUGGACUCGCUGAUCACGGCCAUCACCACCAACGGCGCCCACCCCAGCAAGUGCGUGACCAUCCAGAGGACGCUGGAUGGGAGGCUUCAGGUGGCCGGUCGCAAGGGGUUCCCCCACGUCAUCUACGCCCGGCUCUGGCGGUGGCCCGACCUGCACAAGAACGAGCUCAAGCACGUGAAAUACUGCCAGUACGCCUUCGACCUCAAGUGCGACAGCGUCUGCGUCAACCCCUACCAUUAUGAGCGGGUGGUAUCGCCCGGCAUCGAUCUAUCAGGGCUGACACUACAGAGUUCUGCUCCCUCCAGCAUGCUGGUGAAGGACGAGUACGUCCACGACUACGAGGGGCAGCCGUCGCUCAGCUCGGCCGAGGGUCACUCCGUGCAGACCAUCCAGCACCCGCCCAGCAACCGGCCAUCGACGGAGCCUUACAGCGCCCCGGGGGCCCUGCUGGCCCCCAGCGAGGCCAGCACCACCAGCACCACCAACUUCCCCAACAUUCCCGUGGCCUCCACAAGUCAACCUACCAGUCUAUUGACAGGUAGCCAUAGUGAUGGCCUCUUACAGAUUGCUGCAGGGCCUCAGCCAGGAGCUCAGCAGAAUGGCUUUGCGGCCCAACCAGCAACUUACCACCACAAUAGCACCACGACCUGGACCGGCAGCCGGACGGCCGCUUACACGCCCACCAUCCCGCACCAUCAGAACGGCCACCUGCAGCACCACCCGCCCAUGCACCCCGGCCACUACUGGCCGGUUCACAACGAGCUCGCAUUCCAGCCUCCCAUCUCCAAUCACCCCGCUCCGGAGUACUGGUGUUCCAUCGCCUACUUCGAGAUGGACGUGCAGGUGGGGGAGACGUUCAAGGUCCCUUCCAGCUGCCCCAUCGUCACCGUGGACGGUUACGUCGAUCCCUCGGGGGGUGACCGCUUCUGCCUGGGCCAGCUGUCCAACGUGCACCGAACAGAGGCCAUCGAGAGAGCGAGGUUGCACAUAGGCAAGGGGGUGCAGCUGGAGUGCAAGGGGGAAGGCGACGUGUGGGUGCGGUGCCUGAGCGACCACGCCGUGUUCGUGCAGAGCUACUACCUGGACCGGGAGGCGGGGCGCGCCCCGGGCGACGCCGUGCACAAGAUCUACCCCAGCGCCUACAUCAAGGUGUUCGACCUGCGGCAGUGCCACCGCCAGAUGCAGCAACAAGCAGCCACCGCCCAGGCCGCCGCCGCCGCCCAGGCCGCCGCCGUGGCCGGCAACAUCCCCGGGCCGGGCUCCGUGGGGGGCAUCGCCCCCGCCAUCAGUAAGUACCUCCUUCCCUCUGCUCUCCCCCCCAAAAAAAAAUCAGCUCCCUGCG